CGCUCCGCUGAGCUCCGUCGGUUGUGCUCCAUCUGCACCGCUCGGUGCUCAGGCGCGGACCGCCAUGAGGCUGCGGGGCCGCGGGCCGCGGGCCGCCCCCUCCUCCAGCUCAGGGGCAGGCGACGCGCGGCGGCUAGCGCCCCCGGGAAGGAACCCCUUCGUGCACGAACUGCGGCUGAGCGCCCUGCAGAAGGCCCAGGUGGCUUUCAUGACGUUGACACUGUUCCCCAUCCGGCUCCUGUUUGCUGCUUUCAUGAUGCUGCUAGCCUGGCCCUUUGCACUUGUGGCCUCCCUGGGACCGCCUGACAAGGAGCCAGAGCAGCCCCUGGCCUUAUGGAGGAGGGUCGUGGACUUCCUGCUCAAGGCUAUCAUGCGCGCCAUGUGGUUUGCUGGCGGCUUCCACCGUGUGGCUGUGAAGGGGCGGCAGGCCCUGCCCGCCGAGGCUGCUAUCCUCACACUGGCACCACAUUCUUCCUACUUCGACGCCAUCCCUGUCACCAUGACCAUGUCCUCCAUUGUGAUGAAGGCGGAGAGCAGAGACAUCCCGAUCUGGGGAACUCUGAUACGGUACAUUCGGCCCGUGUUCGUGUCCCGGUCUGACCAGGACUCUCGGAGGAAAACCGUGGAGGAGAUCAAGCGACGGGCACAGUCGGAUGGAAAGUGGCCUCAGAUAAUGAUUUUUCCAGAAGGAACAUGCACGAAUAGGACCUGCCUCAUUACCUUCAAACCGGGUGCAUUCAUUCCUGGAGUUCCUGUCCAACCUGUGGUGCUACGUUACCCAAACAAACUGGACACUAUCACGUGGACGUGGCAAGGACCCGGAGCGUUGAAAAUCCUGUGGCUUACUCUGUGCCAGUUUCAAAACCAAGUGGAAAUCGAGUUCCUGCCCGUGUAUUGCCCUUCUGAGGAGGAGAAGAGGAAUCCUGCCCUAUAUGCCAGCAAUGUGCGACGCGUCAUGGCCAAGGCCCUGGGUGUCUCCGUAACUGACUACACAUUUGAGGAUUGCCAGUUGGCUUUGGCAGAAGGACAGCUCCGCUUGCCUGCUGACACCUGCCUGCUGGAGUUUGCCAGGCUCGUGAGGGGCCUCGGGCUGAAACCAGAAAAUCUUGAAAAAGAUCUAGACAAAUACUCAGAGAGUGCAAGGAUGAAGAGAGGAGAGAAGAUUGGGCUUCCAGAGUUUGCAGCCUACUUGGAAGUUCCUGUCUCAGAUGCGCUGGAGGACAUGUUCUCACUGUUUGACGAGAGCGGUGGCGGUGAGAUAGACCUUCGAGAAUAUGUGGUCGCCUUGUCCGUGGUGUGCAGGCCCUCCCAGACCCUGGCCACCAUCCAGCUGGCAUUCAAGAUGUAUGGAUCGCCUGAGGACGGCAGCAUAGAUGAGGCCAACCUGUCCUGCAUCCUCAAGACUGCUCUGGGUGUGUCAGAGUUAACAGUGACUGACUUGUUCCGGGCUAUUGACCAAGAGGAGAAGGGAAGAAUCACAUUUGAUGACUUCUGUGCGUUUGCAGAAAUGUACCCUGACUUCGCGGAGGACUAUUUGUACCCUGAUCAGACACAUUUUGACAACUGUGCACAGACAUCCCCAGCACCAACUCCCAAUGGCUUCUGCAUUGACUUCAGCCCUGAAAACUCAGACUUUGGGAGAAAGAAUUUUUGUAAGAAGGUGGACUAGAAUGGGAGAUUGCGGAGGAAUGAGGCCCCUCCUGCAUCACCGCCUGCCUCUAGUGGCCUGGAGCCUGCUUGAGUGUUCCGCCAUCUGCAUUUCCCUGUCUUCUCACGCCGUCUCUGUGGGUCUGCAGACCUGAGGUCCAAACGACUUGUGAUGUAUUUGUUUUCUGUCUCAGGGCCCAGCUGGGCAUUUGCAGGGAAGCUGUGUGUGUAUCCCACUUGCCCUUUGCAGGCGGGCAGGCAGGUAGGCAGGUGGGUGCUUGGGGCCUCCCUGUGGGGCGGGACUCCACAGGCUGAGUGGGCACAGGGAUGAUGGUGUGCUCACCUGGAACACGCUGGUCUUGAGUUUGUGUCAGUCUCUUCCCCUUGUCAUCUGUGUGGUGUGCACAGUGCAGGGCCUCUGCACACACCUCUCCUGGAACAGUCACCCUGUCCUGAUUCAGUGCCCCUGCCAUCUCUGGCUCACGAUGUGAUGGGGCGUCAUCCGAUUAUAAUGUUUCUGUGUUUGUGCAGGAGCUCGUGACUAUUUUAUAAACCUCACUUAGGUACUUUGGAAAACAUUCAACAUUUUUUUAAAAAAAAGAAAGAAAAUUGGUUUUCUACUUCAUUUUUCGUGUUAACAUACGGAUAUUUAUUUCCAGGCUUGUUUUUGAUAGACUCUGAGACUGUUUCCGGUGGCCACAGUUUAAAGGGCCUCCCUGCCCUCCUCCCAUUUAGGACCAUGGGACAUUUAGCCACAAAGACUGGCCCUGGGACCUGCUUGCCCCAUCUUUUUAUAAACAUUGCCAGUUUGGUAUUUCGGUUUCAAUGUAACAAAAUCUACUUCAUGUAACUGGUGAAAGCAUUGACGGAAUCAGACAGAGGGAAGGACUGGAAGGCGUCCCCUCGUCUUUAUGAAGUCACUCUAGCUUUGGAGCAGGCAUACUGAGGUGGGCCAGGAGGUCCUGUCCAGCCCCUGCAACCAGUUACCAUGGUGACUUAGGAAGAGCAGCCACCCUCUGAGCACAGGUGGCCUUCUUCUGUGGGGGUGACAGACCACAGUUUGCUGUGCUUGGCCCCCCAUGAAGUCAGGAAGGAACAGGGUCCAGGCCGUCACCUUCGGCAUUACCUGGUUUCAUCCUUUUUUAUGGCAAACUCAUCCUUAAAGCACAACAGUGACCAUAGGUUUAGUUUGUUUCGUAAGCAAUGGUUGCUUUGGAGUUUUGUUUUUUACUCCUGAAUUAGGUUUUACAUUCGGGGUGUUGCUAUAGAAAGUGGCAACCAGGCUAGUAAGUGCAGGAAGAGGUGUUGACUAACUUUCUCAGAGAGCGUUAAUAUGUGCUCCCCCCAAGAGAAAUACAUAAACAGAACCCCUCAACCUCAGUCACACAGCGCCACACUGCCGCAGGAUGGGCAGGGAGCUUGAUUUCUGGGCUCUUAGCUUGUUAGGUAUGAAUGAAAUGUGAACACGGCCUUCGUAGCCAACUGGUUGGUUUUUAUAACUAUAGAGUACAAAUUUCCAGAAGAGAAAAGCCACUAAAAGGCCAAUGAAGGAGACUAAUGAACUAAGAUGUCCCGAGGCUGGGGCUCUGCCCCACCAUCUGCAAGUGAAGGGUUCCUGUGGAAUGCCGCUGGGCAUGUUGAGGAAAUCCCGAGCAGACCUGGGACGGAUGUUCAAUCUCCUGAUAACUCUUGCUAGUAACCUCAGUCCGCGUCAGAACUGUGAAUGUACAUAGUGGGCAGGGACAGGGGCAGCGCCCACCCUGCCUGCGGGCUCCUUUGGGGUGCGGUCUUCAGGUUUUCCGUGGAAUAAACACAACACAGUGUAAAGUU